GUCAGCAUAAAACAAGUCCACAAUAAUAAACCAGUGAAAAUUCUGACGACGACAGCACUAGAAUUGGAGCAGAAACUAGAACUCGAAAAAACUGCUAACGUCAACAUCAACUGGGCCCCAGAGCACCAACUGGAUAAACAAUUCCAUAAAUACCACUUCGAUACAAUAACAAUUUCCUUCGCCGGUUAACGCGUACGUAGAAUCAAUUGUGGUGCCACGAAAAUACGUGGUGCGUUUGAAAACAGCAAGAAAAUUAUAGAUUACAAAACCAGCUAAAGUGGAGCAAUAUUUCCGUGAGAGUAAACAUACAACGCAACGAGUAGAAUGUCGGGCGCCGAUGACGAGAUGAAGGAGCCACGCGUUGCAGAAAUUGCCGCAUCCAGCAUACGCUCCGGUUUGGCUGAGCUAGAAUUGAAGUCAGCGCAUGUUUUACGUGGUCUGGAAAAUGUCAAAACUGCGCCAGUUGCUGAGACACCCGAAACUAUGCCGGAAGCUGCGGCAGACGCCGUUGACGGUGGUCGGCCUAACAUAGAAAACGGGCCUGACUCGCCGCUACUUACGCCAGCAACGCCAAAGCACACAACACUACUAUAUGGUGACUGCAAGCCACCAGCUGAUAUACUUAAGUCCCUCGAAACACUCAUCGCGUACUCUGACUCCGAUGAUGAUCCAGAAUUUCCACUCCCCGGCCUGGAUGAUGUGGCACAAUUGGCGCUAAUUUCGCACAGCAUUGUCGCCUAUCUAACGCACUUGGAUCGCCAGCACUUGGUACGUGUGUCGAGCAGCAUUGCCGGCGACACCACACGCUGGCUGGGCGCACUCUUUCGCUUCCUCGAUCCGGGUAGUAGUUUUCACACAGACAAUGCAGACGCCAUAUUACGCACUGUGCGUUUAGCGAUAGUGGCGCGUUGUCCAGGCUACCUCGAGGGUGGUAUACCAGCUUUGGCGCAUCCAUGCUUCUACAUCUCGGAGAAUACAACACCGCUGCGUCUGCAAUAUGCUUGCCGUCAGCUUGGCAUACCAUUGGAUGCGAUACGCCUAAUACCGGCCAAUAGCACUUUCGGUACAAUGGAUUUGUCAUUGCUGCUGAAGCAGGUGCAGGCGGAUUUAAGCGCUAAUCGUACACCGCUGCUGGUAGUAGCAGAUGUGGGUGCCUCAAUAUGCGGUUACGUGGAUAACUUGCAGCGCAUGAACGACAUUUGUCGGACGCACAACAUUUGGUUACAUGCCACUGGACAUGGUUUGGCGGCGCUGGCGUGCGCUCAGGGACCAAAUACGAUCAGCGGUAUUGUUGACUCUAUCGUUUUGAAUUUGGGCAGUUGGUUAGGCGUACCUAGCCUACCCAUAGUGCUCCUUCAUCGCCAAUUGCAAAACUCUGCAUUAGCCGCCUUCGAAUCGGAUCCAAUUAUUUCGCGCCGCCUCCAUUCGCUUUCGCUGUGGACCAGUUUGCAGGCUUUGGGACGCGAUGCGAUAGCCGAACGUAUACAUGUAGCAUUCCAAACUUGUAGUAUUCUCUUCGAGAUCACAUCCAAGUGCGAGGGUGUGCGCGUGGUGAGCCGCGCACCAGGCGCCCAAUCGGGCACCACACUCAACGAUGUCAUUAAUAAGCCGUUAGACGCUAAUUUGCUCUUCGAGACCGUGGCAUCUGUAGUUGUAUUUCAAUUUGAUGGUAGCGCCACUAUACCGACAGCGGUCGGCAAAACUGAUAGCGAGCAUUUGAGCGCGUUGGAGAACAGUAGCAAGGCGUUGGAGAAGAGUGGAAAUGCUUCAUAUUUUGAUCGCUUAAAUUCGUGGUUGGGACAGAUUCUACAACGCGACUGCCCUAAUUUUGAUUUCGAAAUCAUUGAGCAUCCCACACAAGGCACUUGCAUACGCUAUUGCCCCCUGGAAUUGGGAUUGGGCGAGCAGCCACCAACAUCGGAAAAUUUGGAAAGUUUCGCACAGAAUCUCGAAGGCAAUGUGGAUAUUUUACGUGCUACUAUUAAACAUAAAGCAACAUUUAUACAAUUAGUUGAGAAAAGCGAUGUGCUACGUCUGGUCAAUCUGCCUGAAUGGGCGGGUAUGGGUGGUGUACGUUUUGUGCCCGAAGGUUGGGAAUCACUGCUGACCGAUCAAGCCAAAACGGAGUUAAAUAAGCUAAACGCGGAUCUCGUUGAUGCUUUGAAGUCAACCGAUAAUGCCUUCUCGCUGGGCGAGGGCACAGAUGGACUGAUCUGUGUGCGCUUUGGCAUGGUCACACAUGAAACGGAUGUCGACGAGUUGCUCGAUUUGGUCGUUUCGGUGGGUAAAAGUGUGCAGGAAAAUUCAAGGGUGUUGGAUACAAUGUCGGAAAUAGUGAAAAAGGGCAUCGAAGCUGCGACAGCCGAUUUGCAGCGUGAAACCGAGGAAAAAAUGUGGCAAGAGGGCAUCUUACGUCAUGUGCCUGUUGUAGGCCGCGUCUUCAAUUGGUGGUCACCGCCUGCCAAGGAGACUGGUGGCAUCAAAGGACGUAGUCUCAAUCUAACACAAGGUGUUGUCGAAAGCACAGAAAAUAUUUACAGAUAUCACAUGCAAAUGUCUGGCUCGCCACACCAAGCUGGACGUUCGCCACCCACGCCCAUGGUACAAACGCCUGUCAUCUCUGCUGCCAAUGCAGUGCCCCCUGUUUUUCCCGAUCCAACAUCACAAGUGCAAACAUCACCAGUACAAGAACAACAACAACAACAGCAGCAGCAGCAAACGCAACAGCCAAAUGCGAAUAAUGUCGAUGAAGGCUGUAAUAGUCAUGCGCGCAAUACAAGCCAGAGUAGUGGUCAAUCUUCGGUGCCUGAACUGGUACCAGUCAAUGUGAAUGCGAUUGCGAAUACAAAUACAAUAAAUAAUGGAAAGUAAUUCAAUAGUAAUUAGAUAUGUAUAUUGUGAAUUACAAGUACUUUAAUGUAAUGCAAUGAUAGCAAGCCUUGUUUUCAGCUAAGGAAACGGCGUAUUAUUUUAAAAUAUCUUGGAGCUUGAAUAUGCGUCAGGCUCACUUCAAGUUUAAAAGUGUUUAUUAACGUCGCAAGCUUCUCUUAGUUAUUACAUAGAGAUAGAAGGCAUAGAACAUAAUAGAAAGCAUUUUUGUAUUUUUGGCAAAAUUGUGCAGUAGUAAGAAAAAUACACAAAACAAAUGCAUUGAAGAGCAACGAACUUCCGGAAAUGAUCAACAAAAAAACUAAACCCACAAAUAAACAAAUGUUAAAAUGUAAUAAUGUGCAAUUAUUUAAGAUCAUUUUUGAGUUAACCAAAGUUCGGUAGCCUGAUUGUAGCGCGUAUGUUAAUUGACGGGUUACAAAAUCGGUAAAUCGCGGAAUCCCCGAAUGUAUUAUUUAUCAAUAUUUUUAUGUAUGAACAUAUGUAUGUACAUUUUAUUUAUAGAUACAUACAUUUUAUCACUUGUAUUAAUUUACGUGUACCAUACUUUAAUUUCAUUAUGGAAUUUAAUUUACAAAACACGCAAAAAACAAACAAGCCAGCCAGCAGCUGAAUAAAGAAAUGCGUCUCAAGCAACUGGCGCACAAUUUUUUCUCUAACGAAAAGUACACAAAAUCAUUCCUUUAACUUUUAUUU